UCACCAAAGUCACACAAGAAUACUAACUAACUAACUGAUUGAAACUGGGGUAGACCAGCAGCUACUGUGUUCAGCAUGCUGAAAUUACUGUUUUUCCCAAGGGAGACCGGUGGCUUUGACGAGAGCAUUGAUGGGGAAAUGAAGCUGUUCAGGCUCUCUGAUGGAAAGGUUAAGUGCUGAAAAUACUGUCAAUAUAGCUUCCACUUGACUGAUAUUCUUUUAGGUGGGACUUUUUUUUAGGUGGUUUAAAAUGUGUUGUCGCUGGCCCCCAUACACAUACACAUUAACUUCUAUGACGGACUCCAGCCUGCUUCUCUAAUCUAUGGGUGUGCCGACAGAUGUCUACUGCAUGACUACUCCGUACAACCCCACUUAAAAAAAUUCGAACUAUCCCAUUAAAAUAUCGCCAAAUAAGUCAGCAUCUUUGUCUAUAGAUGGUGACAAUGGCUCAGAGGUAGAGUGGGUCGUCCACCAAUCGGAAGAUCAGCGGUUCGAACUCCCUGGCUCCCAGUCUGCAUGUCCAAGUAUCCUUGAGCAAGAUACUGAACCCCAAAUUGCUCCCGAUGAUGCUUCCAUCGGUGUGUGAGUGUGUUGCACUGCCUGCUGUAAGACAGACCACUUAAUGAACCAGAACUUCCCCAAGCCAGAGAUAUUUAUGGCAAAGGCAGACCACAAGACCGUCGGUGGAGAUUCUCCCCUCCGUCAAUGACCACCAAUAUUAUUUCAUCACCUGUCAUCAUGUCGCCGCGAAAAAGACCCCUAAUCCCUGUAAGCAGCCGGCGGAAAGCAGUGGAUGACUUCUUUCCUUUCAACUUCCUGCCAGUGGAAUGCCAGCUGCACGUCUUGUCCUUUUUGAAUGAGGUGGAUAAAUGUAGCUGUGCUUUGGUUUGCUUGAGCUGGAGCUGCCUGGUCCGCUCAUGGAAGCUGUGGCGGGUGGCAGACUAUUCCCGUCGCGGUGUCUUCCAUCUGGGUCAGGAGGGGCUGCUUGUUUCUAACCGUGAGUUUGAGAGGUGGAAAUCCUGGGUCCACCAUUACACCCAUCACCUCAUCUCCCGGCGGGCCAGCCUGCUCACGCUGAAGGCCAGCUUCGACUUGGGGGAUCGCUGCAACAAGUGGGGUGACCUGCUCAGUCACCUGCUGGAUAAUGUCCACUGCAGAGACCUGAGCCACCUGGACCUUAACUGGACAUUUACUCUUCUUGAGCCACUGGACCUCAGGGUGCACUCCAGCUCCAGUUCGCACCAGGACAGCAUAACCAAGAUGGACCAGGUGACCAGUUUCCAGGAGCUGCUGACCAAACUCACCCACAGCUGCCCACGCAUCUCCAAAAUGCGGUUACACUUCGACUGGUCGGAUGUGUCCGUGUCACUGCUCACUCAGUUCCAGCAGCUCCGAGUCCUUGAGCUCAAAUACUUCUGGGUCUUUAAAGGAGUGACACCCACAACACUGCAGACCCUGACCAAAUCCUUGCCUAACCUGAAGUCUCUGACGUUGCAAAUCCUUGUGCCGCUGAGGAACCUGGGCAUCUCGUACAUUUUGGAGUCUCAGUCUCUGGAGUUCCUGGACGUGUCACCCAGCCGAGGCUUGGUCUUCUCAUGUCUGAAGCUACCUGCCUUGCGUGAGCUUCGAGCCAAGAAGAUUGUUCGCGGCAUCACACUGGACCGCAGGACCAGGCUGAGUAUCCAGAGCCGGUGGCCCUGCCUUUACCACGUCCUCCGAGAGGGGACGCCAAAGCUCCAGGCCCUCAACAAUGAGAGACUGCUUCCUACAUGGAGAGAGGAGAGCUAUGGGGAGCUGUCUGCCAUCCUGGAACAGUCCUGUUACUGUGUUCAGCAUCUAGACAGCUGGCUUUGGUAGUCAACUGCGUGACUUGAAACUAAGUACAUUAGACAGGUGGUCAUUAGCAAUGUAUUGCUUUUAUACACACACCAUAUUUGUCCACAUUUGAAUGAACUGAACAUGUCCUCAGAGGGACACAUUGUUGCACAUAGUUGCAGAUAACAAAAUAGUCUUGAAAUGAAAUUAAAGGACUGCAAGUU